AUGGAGGGAAUGUUGCCAUCACCACCUUCUUCUCCUCCACGAGAACUUGACCCUGACAAAUUAUACGCGCUCUACGACUUUAGUGGGCCCGACCCAUCACACCUGGAACUGACAAAAGACGAUUCCGUACUUUUGCUUAAUGAUUCCGACAGUUACUGGUGGUUGGUGAAACGAAUUUCCACCAAUCAAGUUGGAUUUGCGCCCGCCGAAGUGCUGGAGACGUUCGAGGAGCGUCUUGCAAGGUUAAAUUGCUGGAAAAACGAGGUCAUUGAAAGAGAGGAUACGACGUGCCUGUCGGUAGACGAUUUGAAAGAGUUUGAGCUGAACUCACAAAAGGUUUAUUCUGGGUCCAACUUGACACUCUAUGAGAACCAGAAUGAUAGCAGCAAGAGUGAUAACUCACUACUAGGUCGCAAAAGCUCGCUCAAACGUAGCAAGUCGUCGAUGCGCAAAACCGUGUCUUUCGUUCCUGAGGUUCUUUCUGAGCUAAAGGAAAUCGACGACACUAGGUCCGAGCCUGGGAGUGAUAGCCAGCCUCAGUCUGUCCCCUUAACAGUCAACAAACGAGUUAGCAACUCUAAUUUCUUGGUGAAAAACCUCGAUGACUACCAAGAACAUCGCAGGUUUUCUUUCCAAGAAAAAUGUCAUGACGAUGUCGACGACGAAACAAGCAUAUCAUCGAUUGACUCUGACUCCUAUGAAAGUUUCAACGAUGAUAAACAGUUAGAUCAUGAAGAGCGUACGGAGUCUGGUACUUCCAUUUCACCUCCUGCCUUGACGACAGAGAUGGAUAAUUCUAAUACUACAAUUGACGAGACCGCGCAGCCGACAACUAAACAGUUCAGAACGCUGUCAUUCCAGGAGCAGCGAACACUUUUCUUGGAAAAGAAAGAUAGCAAGCUAUCUCAGAGAGAGGCUUCCAAUGACUCUACAUCAUCAAGCUUAUCGCAACGCAAAAACUUGUCAAGUGUUUCUUCCGAUUCCUUGACACCGCAAGCAUCCCAGACCGAUCUUCUGAGACCCAAAACAUUGCAUCCUGUGGCUGGUGAGCUGUUCAAUCCUCUUUUCGACCAACUGGAGGUGCUGGAAAAGAUGCUGAACGAUUUUAUAAUUACUGAUUGA